AUGACUGAAAGACUUUUGCAACAAAUAUCCCGUUUUUGUGACAUGUGUGGUAUUUCAGAGUGUAUUUACUGCUUAACUAGUGUCGGUGUUACAAUUAUGACAUCAAGUCAUAAAUUAGCUUUAGGACUUCCUACUAAAUUAGCUCCAUAUCGAUCUGACACAGUUUACCCGGCAAUGAUAGCUACUACGCUAUCCCAAUAUGAAUAUGUUCUUAUAUGUGAUAAAUUCAACAUCCGAGUGUCUGGAUCACCACAACAUGUGGUAGUUCAGAAAUCUCCAGUCAUAGAAUGCCUGUUACUUUUAAAGUGCUUUUUGGCCCUUCUGCAAAAUAAUAAGCAUUUCUUGUAUAUCCCGAAGUGUUUCUCAAAUACCUUGAAGCAGAUAAAUUACUGA